CCCCGUCCCUCUCUUCUUCUUCCCCCUUCCUAGCGGCACGGCACCAGGCCCGCCCUGGUGGCAUCUCCGUAAUUUCGCGCCUCUUCGCCGCCACGGGGGGUGGGGGUGGGAGGAGGAGGCAUGGGCAACGCCAGCGGCCGCGAGGAGGACGCCGUGGCUGUUGACGGCGAUGGCGCCGACGUGGAGGACGGCGGAGGGGACUCGUCGGUCCGCUCGUCGGAGCUCAGCUUCCCGCCGUACGGCAGCGGAGGAGCCAACCACGUGCGUCGCGCGUGCUCGGUGGGCGUCGUAGGUGGCGGCGGCGGCGCUGGAUCGCCACCCGGGAGCCCCGGCCACUCGCUCUCGCCGCGGAUGUUCGUGCCCCAGACCCCUGUACCUCCACUGCAAAGAGCUGCUGAUGUAACCCCAGUGUUCAACCAGAUAUUGAUGAAUGAACAAGAAGAAGAAUACGAUGGGCCCCCUCAAAAGGAAAUUCCUGCUUUAAUUGUCUGGACCCUUGGAGGAAAGAAUGUAUAUGUUGAAGGAUCAUGGGAUAACUGGAAAUCAAGAAAAGCCAUGCAAAAAUCUGGAAAAGAUUAUUCUCUUUUGCUGGUACUCCCAUCAGGAGUUUACCGAUACAGAUUUGUUGUAGAUGGAGAAAGGAGAUGUCUUCCUGAUCUUCCCUGUGAAACUGAUGCAAUGGGCAAUGCGGUUAACCUUCUUGAUGUUAAUGAUUUUGUACCUGAAAGUGUUGAGAGCGUGGCAGAAUUUGAGGCGCCGCCUUCUCCGGACUCUAGCUACAGUUUCCAGGCACCUGAGGAGAAGGACUUUGCCAAGGAGCCUCCUGCUCUUCCGUCUCAACUCCAUCUCGGUGUUCUUAACUCACAGAACUCGGAAGAAAGCUGCGCGCGGCCGCAGCACAUAGUCCUCAAUCAUCUCUUCAUAGAGAAGGGCUGGGGCGCCCACCCUCUGGUGGCUCUCGGCCUAACCCACAGGUUCGAGUCCAAAUAUGUAACUGUCGUCCUGUACAAACCCAUCGAACGAUAGCAAUAGCCCGCGCAUCAAGAGCGGAAGUUAAUGCUUGACAACUCACUGCGGGAGCAGCGAUUGAACAGCGCCGAGGUGGUACAUGCUUGUAAAAGCGGUUGAGGUUCAGGAGUAUUUUUUCCGUGCCCUUAGCUUGCAGAACCUCUGGUAGUCUGGUUGUUAGCUGUACAUGCUGCGCUGUCAUGAUGUUGGCCUUCUGGUUUGUUUAUCCUGUUACAGAGAGCCAAGGCAACCUUAAUUCCUAUAUACAUGUCCGCUUGUCGUCGUCGUUCCUCCCCCAUCCCAUCCUCGUCCUCCCAGGGAUGAACUGUGUGUAGAGGUGUCAGACUGAAAACCGUGGAAAUCCACAGAAAUGUUAGUUGCCAGGGAUAGAUCAAGUGAUUCCUAGAUUUUUGUUUGUUUUUGACUGGUGAAGACGAUGUUUUUGUUAUGUAAUAAACUCGAGAAUUUUACAAAUGAGAUACUGUGUGUUCAGUCUUUUCUA